AUGUUGAUCUCUAAUGGUUACGCGUCGGCCCUUGUUGCAGCAUUAUAUGCCUCCUUGGGCUGGGGUCAAGAACUCAAAGAGCAGGUCUGGGGAGUUUUCGCCUUUACCCUCCAUGGGGACAGUGUCCCGGCAGUUAUGCCGCGGCCUCCUGCAUUAACUCCAUAUGGGGCCAGGGAACUGUAUACCGCUGGGUCCGCUUUCCGAAGCCGAUAUGUUGCGAUCCAGUCAAGCAAUAAUGGUCCCAGCACGAGAAUUGAGAGCUUAUCUCCGUAUGCAAUAGAUCCUGGAGAUAUCGACGUCCUGAGCACUACCAAACCGUCCGAUAUAGCGUCUGCUCAAGCCUUUAUGCAAGGACUCUAUCCCCCUCUUAAUGAGUCCUACAGCGGCACGUAUGUCGAUUCUUCGUACCGGCUGGCGAAUGGCUCAGUAGCUGCAGCUCCCUUAAGAGGAUAUCAGUAUCCUCAGAUUGUGACUGUGAGCUCAGAAGAUCCUCGAUCCAUUACGGUGGAUGGCCAAUCCGCCUGUCUGAUUCACCAUGUGGCAAAUUCGGAAUACAAAUCCAGUCUUGAGGUUCAGGAAAUUGUGCAAACCUCGGAGGGAUUCUAUACCAACCUUUAUGACCAGGCUUUGUCUGGCGUGCUUGAUCGGUCUUCGGCCAACUAUAGAAAUGCUGAACUCAUUUCUGAGUUCCUGGACUACCAGUCGGUGCACAACGAGACCUUGUUACACCACCUGAACCAAGGGGAUAUAGACCGAGCCCGGUCCUUUGCCGAUCAAUAUAUAUUUGCAACAAAUGGCAAUACAACUUCUUCAUCAGCUAUCGAGAAUAGCACGAUUCGUACCAUCGCUGGUCGCACUCUGGCAUCUAGUAUCUUGGAUGCGUUUGACAAGAACGUCAAUCUCCAAGGCACUGAGGGGAUGAUGACACUUAUGUUCGGUGGUUAUGAGCCAGUUGUCGCUCUCACAUCCCUCCUGCGGCUGGCAUUGCCCCAACAUAAUAAUUUCUAUUCUCGUCCCAUACCUGGUGGCUCCAUUGUCCUUGAGCUGUUCAGCCUGACAAAUGAGGCUAAUCCGACGUUCCCUGGCCCAUCUCAGCUUUACGUGCGGUUCCUCCUACGCAACGGUACUGACUCCCCGGAGUUCCAGUCCUAUCCGCUUUUUGGACAUAGCCCUAGCAAUGACGCUGUCCCAUACACAGAGUUCCAAGCAGAGCUAGGAAAGUUUUCGCUAGGGUCAAUCCAGCAGUGGUGCCUCCAGUGUGCUUCGGAAGCUGUGUUCUGCUCUGGGGUUAUGGAUGUGGAACAUAAUGCGUCUACCAGCAAAAAAGGGCUCAACCCUGCUGUUGCCGGCGUUAUUGGAGCCGUCGUCACCCUCGUUGCACUAGCAGUCCUGGCCAUUACUGGGUUUUCAUAUUUUGGUUUCCAUUUCAACCGUUUACGCAUAUCAGGUCUCAGGGGGUUCAAAGGGAGCAACAAGAUGGCAAGCGAUCCCGACAUCUCCUUUAAAAACCCUACAUGGGAGGACGUUAAGCCGGUCACCAACCAGGACCCUCACACCCCUGGCGCUAGGGGUGCCAUGGUAAGAGGACACGAACGGUUAGGUAGUUGGGAACUACAAGACCACAAUGGCAAUGACCAUACUAGUCAAGGCCGCAGAGAAGGGGUGGUGUCUCCGUUUGACAAUGACAGUGAGGCGGAAUGGCGCACGCACAGUGCUUUGAAGCCCGUCGCACCUCGUGAGAGUGUUUGA